UGACUAAAAGCUGCAACUGACAGGACGUUAAAGGACAGCCCACUAAAGAGAGUAAGACAGAGGACGAGAUGAGCACUUAGACUAAACAGGUGAAGGAGGUAUUUUGACAUGCACUGAGCUGAGAUCAGGAGAAUUCUGGACCAAAUAAGAAUACAUAUUGAAGUUUAAUUUAAGGAGAGUUGCAUCGUUGUAACAGAGCUGGAGUUGUGCUGAACAUAUUGACCAGCUGAGGAUGAGCAACACAAAAGACACUGGAGUGGCGGAGAGACCCAAAUGGGACAACAAGGUCCAGUACCUGUUGACAUGUAUUGGCUUUGCAGUGGGACUUGGAAACGUCUGGCGUUUUCCCUACCUGUGCCAAAUCUAUGGAGGAGGUGCAUUCCUCAUCCCUUACCUAAUAGCGCUGGUGUUCGAGGGCCUCCCCCUGCUCUACCUGGAGCUGGCUAUAGGCCAGAGGCUCCGCAUGGGCAGCAUCGGCGUCUGGAACUCCAUCUCUCCGAUACUGGGUGGACUCGGAAUUGCCUCCAUGAUUGUGUCAUUCCUGGUGGGCAUUUUCUACAACACCAUCAUGGCCUGGGUGCUCUGGUAUUUCUUUCACUCUUUCCAAAACCCUCUGCCGUGGAGCCAGUGUCCACUCAAUAGCACUGAUAACACAGAAUAUAACAUGGAGUGUGUGAUGAGCACUCCAUCGAACUACUUCUGGUACCGCGAGACCCUGAACAUCACACCUGACAUCGAGACCAGCGGCUCCCUGCAAUGGUGGAUGGUCAUCUGUCUGGCCAGCGCCUGGUGUGUGGUCUUCAUCUGCUUCAUCAGAGGCAUCGAGUCAAUGGGGAAGGCUGUGUAUGUGACGGCUACGUUCCCUUACCUGGUGCUGACUAUUUUCCUGAUCCGUGGCCUCACUCUGCCUGGAGCAACUGACGGACUGCUGUACCUCUUCACUCCUGAUUGGGAGAUAUUGAAGAACCCUCAGGUGUGGCUGGACGCUGCCACCCAGAUCUUCUUCUCCCUCUCGGUCGCCUUUGGAGGUCUCAUAGCUUUCUCCAGCUAUAAUGCAGAGAGAAACAACUGCGAGAGGGACGCUAUUCUAGUAGGAAUAAUAAAUAGUGCCACAUCUCUCUUCGCCUCUAUUCCCAUCUUCUCCAUCCUGGGAUUUAAAGCUACCACCGCCUUCAACGCUUGUGUAAAUGAAAACAUCUUGGAUCUGACCAACCACUUUGAGCUUUCAGACCAGAACGUAACAGUGGAAAACUUUGAUCACUGGUAUGAGUAUCUAAAUCGUGUACAUCCAGAUCAGGUGGCCAGUUUGAACCUGAGGCACUGUGACCUGCAAGAUUUCCUUGACCAGAGUGCAUCGGGUACCGGCCUGGCAUUUAUUGUGUUUGCCGAAGCAGUGAUAGAGAUGCCAGGCUCCCAGGUAUGGGCCAUACUGUUCUUCGUCAUGCUCUUCAGCUUGGGUCUCUCCUCCAUGUUUGGCAACAUAGAGGGAGUCCUAACGCCCCUCAACGACCUCAAGCUAUUGCCCAAGUGGAUUCCUAAUGAACUCGUAACAGCCGCCAUCUGCUUCAUAGCCUUCUUGACGGCUCUCAUCUUCACCCUGGGUUCGGGGAACUACUGGGUAGAGGUCUUUAACAGCUACGUGGGAUCCGUACCUCUGCUCAUCAUUGCAUUCUUUGAAAUCGUUGGAGUCAUUUAUGUCCGUGGAAUGAAAACAUUCAGUGAGGACAUCUACUUCAUGACCGGGAAGAGGCCGAACAUCUUUUGGAAGGCAUGCUGGAUGGUGAUCAGUCCCUUAUUGCUCCUCGGGGUGAUGGUUGCCUACGUGGUCCUCCAGGCACAGAAACAUCCCACUUAUCCCGCAUGGAAUCCGGCCUAUGAACUGUUCCCAAAAACUGAAGUGAAGCCCUAUCCAGACUGGGUGUUUGGCAUAAUCAUCCUCCUCUGUGUAGUACCUGUGAUUUCCAUCCCUCUGGUGGCUCUCUACAGACUGAUCUGCUGUGGAGUCAAGAAGUCCUCCCGUGGCGCUGACCUAAAUCCCUACUGCAACGACGGCUUUGAGCUGCUGACGGUUUCAUUGUGGUGUUGGGAGCUGCAACUGGGGCUAGCGGCUGGUAGUCUACAUCUGGAUGGCCAAGAAGUCGACUGGGGUCCUGGGGUUAGUGGCCUGUCGAACCCUGGCCAGCCUCAGAUCCCCCAGACACCGCUCUAGACGGCGCUUCCCUGUCAAGAGGAUGACAGCAGAGAACUGAAUGAUGCUUUUUUUUUUAUGGUGAACUGGAAAAUUCAUCCACCUGAAACAUUUCCAGCACCUGUAAGUAAAGAUGGCAAUAAACGGAUUUGUGUACAUGUACA